CCUCUUCUGAACUCUGCUGGGCAUCAUUGCGCGUCAAAACAUUGCGUCUCUGCAGGACUUGCCAGGGCCGGAGAGAAGAGGAAAUUUGCCUUGGAAGGAAUGCGAAAGGGGUUUUAGGAUUGGCACUGCCACGAGGAAAACGAGGAGGUGCGACAUUUUCUGAGCUACGUGGAGAUCAGUUUUUUCUUCCCCUCAAAGGUGUUCGCCUCCCAACCCACCGCCCACCACGGCCCUCACCUGUGUGUUGCGGUGCUUCCCUUGUGAGCCGACCUGGGCUGGCAGUCCCUUCUUGCACCGCCCGCCAACUCCGCCCAUGGUCAGAAUGACGCGCUCCAAGACCUUCCAGGCGUACCUGCCGAGCUGUCACCGAACCUACAGCUGCAUCCACUGCCGAGCUCACCUGGCCAACCACGACGAGCUCAUCUCCAAGUCGUUCCAGGGCAGCCAAGGCAGAGCUUACCUGUUCAACUCAGUGGUGAACGUCGGGUGUGGCCCUGCAGAGGAGAGAGUUCUGCUCACAGGCCUGCAUGCUGUAGCAGAUAUCUACUGUGAGAACUGUAAGACCACCCUGGGCUGGAAAUACGAACAUGCCUUUGAGAGCAGUCAGAAGUAUAAAGAGGGCAAGUUCAUCAUCGAGCUGGCCCACAUGAUCAAGGACAACGGCUGGGACUGACGGACGAGCAGCCGGGACACGACCGCAGCAGAGGAGAGGGGGGGGCGGG